AUGGCCGCGUUGGUUCAAACGUAUCCUCAGCAGACCACCACUGUCACCACCCUCGAGCCGAGAUCCCCCGGCAGCAUGAUCCCCGCACAGGCUCAGGCGAAUCAGCAAUACAUGGCCGCCCAGCAAGCUCAGAGAAACUUCUCCGGGUCUGGUGUAUACCGCGGGAGUAACGCCCCGAUUCAGCCAUACGCCUUUACCAGUACCCCGAGCCUGAACGCCAACGGCCAGUGGCAGCAGUACGGUAGUGGCUACCGCACAUCCUCUUCCCCAGCUGUUCCGACGCAAGGCAUGGUCCACGGACAAGACGCAAGCCGAUCCCGUCAUUCUGGAAGCUCUUCCAUGUCCAGCGCUGGCUACGGCCACGGCGGCAUGGGGACGAGCAACGGCGGGUCGAGGGACGACCUGGCGAUUCCUGCUGCUCGCACGAACUCGCAGGCCCCGAGACCACAGUCGGCGUACUUAUCUGGCAACGCAACACAACAGCAGCAAAUGACAUUCGCUCAGACCCCUGGCACUAAGACAACGCCUGAUCGGUACCGGCGCCCCGCUCUUCAGCAACAGCAACCACGCCAAACUAGUGCCCCUUCAGGCUCCGGCAUGGCUACGGUUAGCCAUUUGUACAAUGCCCCGGAACAAAAGAGCGUGUCAGUGCGAGGUCGAAUGCCAUCUUAUCAGGGCAGGCCAAACAGUUCCUACGAUGCCGCCGAUGACAUGCAAUUGAAUCGGCAAUCAACCGAGGACAGGCGACUCAGGCGGCGCAGCAUGCACUCGCUUGAUUCUGCCGAUUAUCCCAAGCCGCUAACCCCACAGGAAUUCUCCCAUUCGGAAGAACCCCCCCGCCCCGACCGCCGUCCAACUCCCAAAAACAACGAAAAGACGCUUCGCAUGGUUUCCACCCUCACACCUCCCGUCGACAACAACAUGCAUGUCCGUAAUGGCAGCGCCGAAAGCCUGGCAUCGAGCCGCAGUAGCCAUUCACGUCCGUCUUCGUCUGCCAACCGCAGCGUUCCCACCCCCGCCGUCAACCCCCCCUCUUCUUCCUCGACUUCUCCCAACCCAGAUGACGGCUCAUCGAAACAAGAUCAUCCCAAGCUUGUGAACGUUCCGCCACGAAGCUCAUCGUCAGAUGCGGCUAAAAAGCAGUCGACGCCCUCUCCCCUUUCCCAGCCGGUGACGAUGGCAACAGACUCGAGUCCACAAAGACCACCUUCCUCUCUGGGCAAUGCUUCGCAGCAGGCGUCGGCUCCGGGCACACCCGCAUCCAACGCAGUUAAUGCCAGUAGUCCCGCCGCCCAGCAUCUGGCCGCGAUCAAUCAAAAGAGCACGAGGUCGAAAAGCAAGACAUCACGAUUGCGCAGAGCCUUCUCGUUUGGCAGUGCUGCCGAUUUCAAAAAGGCCGCCGGCCCCGAUACCGCUCCUGCUGAAACCAGUACCGCGGCCGACCCGUCGCGACUGCACAAGGACCCGACGCCUGCUGAGAUAUACGAUGCCGAACAGGCCGCUAUCGCCAAAAAGCAGGAAGAGGGGGGAAUCGGAAACAGCAUCUACGGCGGGCGAUUGUUCUCCAACUCGACGGACAACCUGUCCAUCUCAUCGACCGCGUCAUCUGCUUCCAUCAUGAUCCGUAAGAUGGGCCGCGGUAUGAAGAAGAGUACGCGAAACCUUGUUGGCCUGUUCAGACCUAAAUCGGUUAUCGGCGUUCCGGCAGCCGAUGCGAUGGCUCCAGAAGCCAGCCAGGCUGCAGUGUCUAUGAUCACCGUUGAAGCUGAAAGAGUCAACGUCAACGCGGAUCCUCGUACGCAAAAUGGCGGCGGCACUGGGUUCCCCCGCUUGGAGCGGAACUCACUCGACAUCUCCAACACUCCCAGCAUGGUAUCCGAACGCGCUGGGAGCUCCGGUAACGACAGCGCCGGACGGAAGAGCAUUGUCGGCGGUGACAGGGAGCGCGCCGAGGUGCUUGCAGCCGUCAGGAAGGGGAUUCUCAAGCACAACAACAACAACAACAACCGAUCAGGCAGUCCUGCUCGUGAGCGCACUUCCAACUUUGAACUGCCCGCGAUUCCCAACAUCGCUGACUCGCCCAUUUCCACCGCUCCGAGCACGCCGAAUGAUGAGGCGCAAGUUCACAAGCGAUCGGGAUCAGUGGCUAUCGGCACUGAGGAUUACUUCAUGACCGCUCUCAGGCUUCGUCAGGACAGUAAGAGUGCCCCGGGAACGCCUUCAGGAUCGGCCAAGAGAAACGCAACUUUCUCGCCAAGGAUUAUCUUCCACGACACAUGGCCGAGCGGCGAGUAUGAUCGCAGGGGCGAGAUUGCAACUUGCAACCGCCUUACGCCGAUGCUGGCACAGCAGAUCAAGGAAGAACUCAACACGUUCAAGAUGGAAAUGGAAGUUCAUGAAAACUCCAAGAUUUACACGCACUUUUUCUAA